AUGGCGCAAGUCAAUGGCGAUGUCAGCUUCGACACAAUCCCCGAUGCUGUCGAGGCUUUUGCCAAAGGCGAGAUGAUCAUAGUUAUGGACUCCACCUCUCGCGAGAACGAAGGAGACCUCAUAAUCGCCGCUCAAGACUUCUCUCCCGCCAAAGCCGCCUUCAUGAUCCGACACUCCUCAGGCUACCUCUGCGCACCCAUAACGCCCGCUCUCGCAGCACGAUUAGAGCUUCCGCAAAUGGUGACUCACAAUUCCGAUCCCAAUCGCACCGCAUACACCAUCACGAUAGACGCGAACGAGGGGGUCACCACAGGCAUAAGCGCACACGACCGUAGUCUCACAUGUCGCAAACUUGCGGAUCCCAAUGUACACAAGGACACGUUCAGACGACCUGGGCAUAUCGUGCCAUUGCAGGCGAGGGAAGGUGGUGUCAGGGCGCGGCAAGGUCAUACAGAAGCUGGGGUGGACUUUUGUAAGCUCGCUGGGAAGGAGCCUGUCGCGGUCAUUGCAGAGAUUGUAGCGGAUGGAGAGGAAGUGCCGGGCAAGGCGGAGUUGGCGGGAGAUUUUGGCAUGAUGAGGAGAGAUGGGUGUCUUGCAUUUGCAAGGCGGUAUGGCUUGAAGGUGGUGACGAUUGAGGAUCUGGUGCAGCAUAUGGAAGGCCUCGGGAGGAAGUCAUGA